GAUCAGCUUGUGAUCGUUCCACGGAGGCGCAUGUCGUCAUCUUGACACUUUUUGCUCUUCGUCAAUCCGUACAGUUGUCGUUGAAGAUGCGAAGGAGGUCAACAUCUCGCCACGUGUGAUAAUCUUCGCUUCCUGCAGCCGGAGACGACGCUUUGAGGGAGGCGCGGGGAAGCCUCUCGGCCGUCGUUGUUGGUCUCGGGCGCCUGCCGACGUGGCGGAGCGGAACUCGGAGGCGCCGCCGGCCGGUUACUGGCACCCAACCGACCACCAUGUCCCAGUCCGCCCCCUCUGAAGCGGAGACCCCCCCGCCGCACCACUCCGACCUCAGCUGCGUCCCCGGAGCCCCCGCCGAAGAUCGCCGGCCUCCGGAGACCCCCGAGGGGCCGAGCGACCUCACCGGAGAGACCCCGACGUCCUCCGAGAGUCCGGCCCGACCUGAGGGUCAGCUGACCGAAUGUGACCAAUCGGUGAGCCUGGAGCCAGACGCUGCGGAGGACGACAAAGAUAGCUCGCGUCCGGGCAGCGAUCGAGCGUGGGGAGGUUGGGGUUCGUGGGGCAAAUCCCUUCUGAGCAGCGCCACCUCCACAGUGGGUCACGGUUUGACGUCGGCGAAGGCGAAGGCGGGAGAAGCUCUGCGUCUCCGCGGGACGUCGCUGGGGGAGGAGGCCGGAGAGGACGAGCCGGAGGGCGCAGGGGAAAGCGUCCGGCUGACGGGCCUCCGAGAGUCCGCCUCCAACAGGGGCGUCUUCUCUGCCAUCUCCAAUGUUGUGCAGAACACGGGUAAAUCUGUGAUCAGCGGCGGUCUCGACGCCUUGGAAUUCAUCGGGAAGAAGACCAUGACCGUUCUGGCUGAGAGCGACCCCGGUUUCAAAAGGACCAAGACGCUGAUGCAGAAGACGGCCACGCUGAGUCAGAUGUUGAAGGAAGCCAAGGAGAAGGAGCGAGCACGCCUGAGCGAGCAGCCCGUGAGCGCCCCGACGGCCCACUAUGGGAUUCUUUUCGACGACUACCAGGGCUUGUCCCACCUGGAGGCCCUCGAGAUCCUGUCCAACGAGAGCGAGGGCGAGGUCCAAGCGUUCCUCUCCUCCCUGGAGGAGGACGAGCAGGAGGAGGUGAAGAAGGAGCUGAUUGGCAUCAAGGAAGUCUUCAUCAGCCGCGAGGAAGAAAAGGACGAGGAGAGUGGCGACGGAGAGCCGGCGAAGGAAGCUGAUGAAGAGUUUGUGAGUGUCGUCACGGAGUUGCUGUUUGAGCUUCACGUCGCCGCCACACCGGACAAACUCAAUAAGGCUCGGAUGAGCGCCCGCCGUUGGGUCGGCGAGGUGGCGCGGCCUGUCGCCACGGAGACGGUUGGCAGGGAGACGCGGGAGGAGGAGGAGGAGGAGGGCGGCGACGAUGGCGCGGCGCAGGAAGAGAAGAGGGAGGAAGAGGAGGCAAAGACGAAGGAGGAGGAGGACGGGCUGAAAUCUGCGGAGGCCGUCUACGCGUCGUCCGUCGGCAGUCUGGCGGAAGUGACGGCCCGAAGCAUCGAGCAGCUCCACAAGGUGGCCGAACUCGUCCUCCACGGGCGCGAGCGGGAGAAAGCGGCCGGGGAGCGGGCGCGCGUCCUCGCCAGGUUGACGCGCGCCAUGUGCGAGGAGGUGGAGCGUUUGGCCGGAAUGUUCUCGGACGCGCUGCUCCUCGUCGGGUGUCGGAGGAGAGCCGAGGAGCUGAGCCCGCUGGUGGACGGUGUUCUGCUGGAGGCCUCCAACAGCACCAACUACAUCCAGAACGCCUUCCGGCUUCUGCUGCCCGUCUUGCAGAUUUCCCACAUUCAGAGCCAACGCGACGGAACCUGCGCAGAACCGCACGUGCAGCACUAACACACACGCAAGGAAUUUUAUUGUACAGAAACGCUCAGAACUUCCAAACUAAGAGCUUCGAAGCCGUUUGUUGAUGUGUAUAAUGCAAAGUUAUCCUGGUCGGCAGGCGGCUCGCAUGUGUCGCUGACCCUGUUUUUGUUUUGACUCGGACGCGUCUCGCCAAGUGCUGAAUGCAAAGAUGACACCGGCUUAAGAAAAAACCGAUUUAGGACCGUUUUGCAUGGCUGAAUCGGGAAAUGACAUCCGUUUCUCUUGUUCAGGUCAGGUCGGUAAGUGUAUUAAUCAAAUGUUACAAACUUUGAAUACUAGACCUCGAUGAAAGUUGUAAGUACCUGUAAAACGUGGGCGUAAUUCAAAAAGUUCACCCGAUUGAGCAACACCGAUGCGAUAUUUGGAUUCAGCACGUCCAAAUUGUUUGAAAUUGGCGGGAAAGCAAAAUCGUCGCCAUUCAAUUUGUUGUUGACCAGCGUAACCGUCUCCAAAAACCCAGCAUAACCAAAAUGUGUCGGCGUUUACAUUCGUGUAUUUAAAAAAUAUGCUCAGCACUCUUUGCACUGACUGACACUAGAAAUAUGUUUUUCUUAAAAACGCCAGCAUUCACGAUUUUUGACAUCGUAGCCCUCCAACCGAUACGACCCUGACGCGAAUGUAUUUGCCCAACAUUCGCGCUACUCCGCUGCAAUGCAAAUGUAGAGCGGAAAUGUGUAACUACGAAAUAAAUGCUCCGAUGAGA